AUGGGUAAUUCUCAAGACUCUACGUCCUCAAAGGACAGAGUCAAAAUUACAAUUAAUACUAUGAAUGAUAUAUCAAAUGGCUCUAUAGUCGAAUACCAACAAGAUCAACAACCUUCAACUUCAACUUCAUCUCAAUCUCAACCUCAACAUCCUCGUGAAUCUUCAGAUUGCCACACAUAUAAUGACUUUCUUCAUAAGGCCCAGCAUGAACUCGAUGAGGAAAUAAUGCCAAAUCCUCUUCAAACCUCCUUUGGGGUUUCAUCAGAACAACUCCAACUUUUCCACUCUCUAAAAGAUCCAUACCUUCUUCCUGCUCUCGGUGGCCUUCAUGGUCUCGAAUCAAAGCUUCAAGCUGACUUUAUCAAAGGUCUCCCAUAUUACCAUGAACCUCUCAACUCGGAAUCAAGAAGACAAAGCAUCAAUCUUACUAACAAUCAAACAGACAUUGAACAACCUUUCGAUUCAAAUAAAGCUGUAUCUCAACAUCACGAAGUCCUUCCAAAUAAUGAUGUAGGAACUUCUUCUGCUUCUUCUCAUCCAAUUAAUAACAGUACCCUUCAUGAGCCAGUAACUUUGCAACAACAACAGCAAUAUCCCAUACCCCAUCGUAAAUCAACUUCCUCGGACCGAAGAAGCUCAACAUUGUCGAUCCGAGAACAACACAUGCUUAGCGCAACUGAACACCCAGACUAUCAAAACCGUCUCGCAUACUUUGGCUCAAAUAAACUCCCGGAACAAAAACCAAAAAGUUUCCUUCAACUUGUCUGGCUGGCCCUUCAAGACAAGGUCCUCAUUCUUCUUUCCAUUGCUGCCGCAAUUUCCCUUGCCAUUGGUCUCUAUGAAACUUUUGGCCAACCCCCUCAAUAUGACGAAGAUGGAAACCCCAAACCUCGUGUCGAAUGGGUAGAGGGUGUUGCAAUCAUUGCAGCUAUCGCAAUCGUUUCCCUUGUCGGUGCUGCAAAUGACUGGCAAAAGGAGCGUCAAUUUGUUAAACUUAACAAGAAAAAGGAAGACCGUCUGGUCCGUUGCACCCGUGGUGGCCACACAACAGAAGUCUCUAUUUUCGACAUUGUUGUUGGAGACCUUGUCCAACUAGAGCCUGGCGACGUUGUCCCCUGCGACGGUAUUUUACUUUCUGGUUACAGUAUCAAGUGCGAUGAAUCAUCACUCACUGGUGAGUCUGAUACUAUCAAAAAGGUCCCCGCUCUUGAGGUGUUAGAUAAGCUUAAUGCCCAUCCUGGUGAAGAUGCUCUCAACCCUCGUUCAAAGGGCCUUGACUACUUCAUCAUAUCUGGAUCCCGCGUUUUGGAAGGUACAGGUGAGUUUGUUGCUACCGCAGUCGGUACCAAAUCCUUUUACGGAAAAACAUUAAUGUCGCUCCACGUUGAUCCUGAAGAAACUCCUUUGCAACAAAAACUUAACGUUAUUGCUGAAAAUAUUGCCAAGAUUGGCACACUUGCCGCUGCUGUCAUGUUUAUCGUCCUCUUUAUUCGUUUCCUGGCUCAAUUACCAACCUCUACUAAAACUGGAUCUGAAAAGGGUGAAGAGUUUAUGAACAUUUUAAUCACUGCAAUCACAAUCAUUGUGGUUGCAGUCCCAGAGGGUCUCCCCCUUGCUGUCACUCUUGCUUUAGCGUUUGCAACCACUCGUAUGAUUAGAGAUAAUAACCUUGUUAGAGUUCUCAAAGCUUGUGAGACAAUGGGAGGAGCUACAGCUGUUUGCUCUGAUAAAACAGGUACUUUAACUCAAAACCGCAUGACUGUGGUGGCUGGCACACUGGGUCUAGAAUCGAAUUUUGAGCUGGUUACUGAUAAUUCCAAGAAUAAUGAUUCAGAAGAAGAAGAAGAAGAAGAAGAAGUACAUUCUCAAGCUUCUCAAGCUUCUCAAGCUUCUCCAACUACCCCAACUCUUUCUAUUACUCCACCUCCAGAUUCUCCUUCACCUUCUCAGUUUGUUGCUAAUUUAUCACCAGAAGGCCGUGAAUUACUUCUUUCUUCUAUUGCUGUCAAUACCUCUGCUUUUGAAAAUCUUGGUUAUGAAGAGGAAGUUGCCGCUAACCAGGCUUCUGAAAGAUACAUUGGUUCUAAAACUGAAACUGCCAUUCUCACAUUUGCCUACGAUUAUCUUAAUAUGGGUCCUCUCGACGAGGCCCGCUCUCAGUAUACUGUUGCACGCGUUUAUCCCUUUGAUUCAACUAAAAAAUUUAUGGCUACUGUUAUUGAGCUUCCUAACAGAUCUGGCUACCGUCUUUUUAUCAAGGGUGCUUCUGAAGUUAUGCUUUCUGCUUGCUCUUCAAUCUUUGAUCAUGAUAAGGUCCGCCCUAUUUCUACAAAAGAAAUGGAUUCUAUUAAGAAUCGAAUUAACGAGUACGCUGCAAAGUCACUUCGUGCUAUUGGAUUUGUCUAUAAAGAUUUUGACUGGUCGCCCUCUUGGCCUCCCAAAGAUUUUGACGACGAACAACACUUAUUGUCUGAUAUGACAUUUCUUUCUGUUGUUGGAAUCAAGGACCCUCUUCGUCCUGGUGUAAGCAAGGCCGUUUCCGAUUGUCAUGCUGCUGGUGUUGUUGUGCGCAUGGUUACUGGUGACAAUAUUAUUACCGCACGUGCCAUUGCUCGCGACUGCGGCAUUUAUGAAGAGGGCUCUGAUCAAAUUGUUAUGGAAGGCCCAGUUUUCCGGAAAAAAACUGAUAAUGAACUUUACCGCAUUGCUCCCAAGCUGCGCGUUUUGGCCCGCUCCAGCCCUGAUGAUAAGCGCAGAUUGGUCCAGAUUCUUAAGGAUAUGGGCGAAACCGUAGCUGUUACAGGUGAUGGUACCAAUGAUGCUCCGGCACUUAAGCUUGCCGAUGUUGGUUUCUCUAUGGGUAUUUCUGGUACCGAGGUUGCUCGUGAGGCUUCUGAAAUUAUUUUGAUGGAUGAUAACUUUAGUAGUAUUGUCAAGGCCAUCAUCUGGGGUCGUACUGUCAAUGAUGCCGUCAAGAAGUUUUUGCAGUUCCAGCUUACUGUUAACAUUACUGCCGUUAUUCUCACUUUUGUUUCCGCUGUUGCUUCUUCUGAAAAUGAAUCUGUUUUGACUGCUGUUCAACUGCUUUGGGUUAACCUUAUCAUGGAUACCUUUGCUGCUCUGGCUUUGGCAACUGAUCCUCCAGAUCCUAAUGUGUUGUAUCGUAAGCCAGACGACCGCAAAGCCUCUCUUAUCACACCCACCAUGUGGAAAAUCAUUAUUGGCGAAGCCAUUUACCAGCUUAUUGUUUCCUUCACCCUUAACUUUGCCGGUAACAAGUUGUUUCAUGCUCAUACUGGCAAGGAAAUUGUUCGUGUGCACUCUCUUGUUUUCAACACUUUUGUCUGGAUGCAAUUCUUUAAAAUGUUUGUCGCUCGUCGUCUUGAUAAUAAACUCAACAUGUUUGAAGGUAUCACGAAAAAUUAUUAUUAUAUUAUCAUUUCGUCCAUUAUUUGCGGUGCUCAAAUUCUUAUCAUGUUUGUUGGUGGUGCUGCUUUCAACAUUGAGCACCAAACUCCUGCUAUGUGGGGUGUUGCAUUACUGUGUGGUUUUGGAUCUAUCCCUGUUGGUUUGUUUUUGCGUUGUAUUCCUGAUGAAUUACUCAUUCGUUAUUUCCCCUCUCGCUUUUUCCACUUUCUGGGUCGUGUUUAUGAAAAGUGCAAGUUUUGGAAAUACUUUUAUAAAAGCAAAGAUGAUUCAUCUCCUUCCAUUCGUAUUCAAGAUGACGACGAAGAAUCUCGUGUGGACUCGAUGCCCAAUUAUAUUUGGCCCGCACCUCUUGAGCAAGUGCGCCAGGAAUUAAUUCUUCUCAAGUUGCGUGGUGGACGUUGGAAUCAAAUCAAGUCCAAGCCAAAGGAGUUUAUUCAUAGUGUAUACAAGUCGCUAACUCCAACCGAUCCAUCAUCACCACAUUUAUCUGAUUCUUCGACGCUUCACUCACCGCUAUCUGCUAUUCCACCACUCGAUGAGCCGCCAACUAAUACAAACAGUGAAGGAUUUUUGCAAGUGCCAGGUGCCCAUCGCACGGCUAACGGAAGCAGUGGUAGUGGGUUGAGCUCACCUAACGGUAAUCGAUCAAGGAGCCGUGGGAGCAGCACAAGCUCAGGAUAUAGCAUUGAGGCUCUUGCUAUGGUGCCUAGUUUUGUGGGUGGUGCAAUUGCUGGCUGGGGUCCAGAGUUGGAUCGUAAUUCCACAGCAACUCUGCAUAGAACGAACAGUGCAACACCACUGGUUCAACCAGAAGAAAGACGGGAGUAA